AUGGCUGAAUUCAGGGACAAGAAGCAAUGCGCCGUCGGUUCACCGGUUGCGGACUGGAAAGCUGCGUCAGGAGGAGCCGGAGCGAAUCUGGUGGACCGGGGGGAGCCGGUGUCCAACGGGAACUGCAGCGCUACCUCGGACCCGGUGAGGAGGGUCCAGAAGCAAUCCAGCUGCGAGUCCCCGACGUGGGAGAGCGCGGGCUCAGACUCAGCAUCCAAAGCGAUCCCUCGACGCAGCAGUCUGAUCAAGAACUCUGUGGCAGUGUUCAGGGAGCUGUGCGGAGUGUCCGCUGUGGCAAACCUCAUGCAGUGUGUCCUGGCUCUGAGCUCCAGAGUGUCCGGACCAGACGGGAUGCCUCUGCUGCUGUUUGACCUCCGGGACCAGUACCCCACCCUGGAGGCCCAGGGGCCUCUGCCUGAGGUCCUCCGCCGGGUCGUUUCCACCUAUGAAAUGAUGGUCCAGGCAAGCAGAGCAGUGAUGGAUCUCUCCGAUGGAAUCUACGACAGGAUCCUGCACAUACAGACAAUGGCGAUGGAGUUUCACGAGAAGCUGCAGAGCCUGGCAGUGAAGGAGGGGCUGAAAGGUUGCAAGGUCACCCGAGCGCUGGAAAGUUUCAGCUGGAACAUCACCAUCCUUAAGGGCCAGGCCGACCUGCUGAAGCGGGCCAAGGCUGAAGUCCAGGAGAACACGAAGCAGGUCCACGACGCGGCUCUGACCGGAAACCUUAGCAAAGAGAGUCAGGGGGUGACGAGGGUCCGGUCCCAAACGCGAAGAGGCCAGGAGGACAAAGCCACCACAAGUACUGGAGGAGCCUCGGCAUAGCAAGUGACGGAGAGAGGAUACAUGACCACACCUUAGCUGUAGCUGCUGUGACAAAGCCUUCAAAUGUCUCGGAUUUAUCAUUUUGCGGGGAUUAAAUAGCAAGUACCCUGUUUUUAAAAAGAAGGAACAGACAAGUUGAUGAAUGUAAUACUUCAAAAACGCUGUCUACGCUUCUGUCGCUGUAGACGUCAGAGGCCGCUGUAAGGAGGCGGGAAGAUGAAUGACAAUGAAGGAGUUGAAUGUAUUUUGAUUUAAAGCCAAGGUUCAGCUGUUAGUACUGUAUGAAACUGUAAAUACACCAAAUUAUUAUUAUCCUCUUCUAAUGUGCAAUGUUUCUGAGAUUCGAGACGUAGAAAUAAGAGCCAGAAGAUGUUAGGAAAACCUUUUGAAGAACGGCCUCCUCCAAAUGUUGGCAGCUCGUGCAGAUGCAACUCAAAGAAUAUCUCCAGAGUAUCGCGAAAAAGUAAUUUUUUAAAAAUAUAAUUUGAAUAGAAAACCUUUCAUAUAUUCAAGCCUUACUUUGUUUUAAUUUUGAUUAUCACAGCAUCCAGCAUUUGAAAAAUAUUCAAAUAUUUCCAAAGAUCAUCAAAAAAGGAAUUACUGCAUCUGAAAAGUGGACUUUGGACCACUGAGCAGCAGACUAGUUCUUUUUCCUUGGCCCAGGUAAGAUGCUUGUUCUGUUGUCUCUUGAUCAGGAAUGAGAGGAAGAGGCUCUGAGUUGCAGAGAUGACAGCUGAAGCACCACAGCAUGGCUGAAAGCAAUAGUCAGCCCAGUGGAGGUAGACUGCAGGGUGCAACAUCCGUUGUCUGAUCAGCCUGUGGGGGGCCUUCCUUAUCAGACGGUGUCUUGUGGUUAAAAAACCAAUAAGGUACAGAACUGAAGAUGUCAAAAACAUCGUGGUUGCUUACGUCUGCUGGUGGUUGGAACUUAACAUCAAGCUAAUGCGGGAAGACCUUCAAACACAUAAGGGACGUUCGCCAUCUUGUCUUACGUUCUAAAACCAUCAGAGGAACGCAACAGUUUCCUGAAGACGUCUGUGUGUGAAGAGCCAUGAGGCUCCUUGUGAGGCUCUCCCAAGUUCUUGAUUCAACUUGAAAAUCUUGUCAAGGCUGCAGUCAUCCCUGUUGCUUGAGCACAUUUCCCCUUCCAGCCAACUUUCCAUGAACUUGCAUUGAUACAGCUCUCUGUGAACAGCCAGCGAUGACCUCCUGUAGCUUUUCCUCCCUAUCAAUGAUCAUUUCCGUUUCCCAUGAUUGUGGUUCUGUGAACUUAACUACACCGAGAGAUACACAGUAUUUAUACUGUAUAUAUAUAAUAGUAAUGUACUCUCACUCAAAUUGAAAUAUUGUUAUAAUUUGGGAUAUGUUUAUUUUUAGUUGUAGGCUGUAAUUUUUGAAAUUAAAAUUUUUGUUUAAUGAGUUUUGGCCAGGAGUUCUCAAAGUCGGGUCUAGUGACCACCAGCAAAAAGGGGAAUCAUUUAUUUUCACUUUAUUUUCAGAAUAUGUAAAAUUUUCACUUUCUUAAAUACCUGAUGAAAAUACUUUUUCACAAUAUUCUAACUCUUUGAGCUGAACCUCAUUUCACUAAGCUGCUACAGUCUCCAGCAAUAUCAGGAUAAGGAGGAUGUUUUAAUAUUGCAGCUCUCGGACAAGUGCAGCCCCUGUAUGUCUCUCAUCCUUUCUGUCCUGCCAGAAAAAUCCUCCACUUCACCCUUUAAAUAUCAUCUUCCAUACAGUAUUCUAUAUUUUUCUAUUUUCCUGAAGCGAUCCUGGUAAAUAUAAGAAAAUAAAAAUGUUACCUGCCACAUCUCCAUAACUAAAUGUAAAUGCCUCUAGGGAACACAAAAUGCUGUUUUGUUGCCAAGUGCUUCAUUUGUUUGCAAAACACUGUACAGUAUUUUAUUAUGUAAUAUUCUUUCAUUUUUUGCUGUGGAGCAUAGUUUACCAUAAGUUAUUGAUGCUAAAUGAAAACAUUCCAGUAAAGAAGUUAUCGGUGCAGAAGAUGAUGCUCAACGUGUUCAGCUGUGGUGAUCGCCUUCCUCUUCAGUCAGGAUGGAGAUAUUAGAAAUAAACUAGUUUUUAAAUGACAUAAUGUGUGUGUUACUGUUUCUGCUGCAAGAGCUUCACGCUGAUGGGCAUUCAUUCAUACGGACACAUGUCACGAGGCCUGCAUUGAGAUGACAGCUGGGGACACUCAUCUGCUGUGUAUGGGAAAUUAAACCUAUGGUGCUGCAGAUAAAAGCUCCAGUAAGCCUCCAUUGAAAGCUUCCCUGCUCAAUAGAGUUGACAGAUGAUUAAAGACACAAUCUCGACCAACAGACAUGAGAAUUAUUUGGAUCUUUUUUGUGACAUAUGAUCCCAGAAUACAUAUCUUAUUGAACUUUUGAUUUUAUCACAUCGUCUCCAUCAGCAGGGGUUUGCCACUUUGUCAUGAAAUUGUAAAUGUUCACAUUGAUAAACUAGAGCCAGAUUUUUAUUUUGAUCCUCCUACUAUAAUACUUUUUACGUAAUCUUGCUCACAAACAAACAAACCAUCCAACCAACCAAGCAACGUAGAGGUGAAAACAUAUCCUCCUUGGCAGAGAUGAGAUUAAACGGUUUCAGUGUUCGGAACAUCACUUUGAUCCAGACUGAAAUUUCUUAAUAACCAUUGAAAGAACUGCUUAGAAGAUUUGUGCAUUCACAGGGUUAUUUUUGUGGUUUGGAGCGUCUACACCUAUCGGACAACUUUCAAUCAUUUGGCAGAUAUUUGUGUCACCGUCAGGAUAAACUAUAACUCGAAAUAUUAAUUUGGGGUUUAUGGAGAAUUACCUGUAAAACAAAUGACGCUUCCAACAGCCUUUGGGUUUGGUACUAAUUAACAAA